GCCGUGUCCCGAUCGGGCAGGUGAGUCAGGCCUGCUGGACCAGCGCCCGGGCGAGGGGGUUCAAGUUUCCGCAUCGGGAAGGCGAGUACGAGAGUGAUAAGCUUACCUGGAAAAAGCCAGGAUCGCUGUCGUUCGGAUGGAGGAGCCAGCCGGUGGCAGACCUGCACCCACCGGUGCAGGGAGUAUAAAAGGAACAAGUGCCCGGGUGCAGACUUGGUCGGGCUCUUUCUUCGCAUCAGGGUCGACGCCAGACACGGAGAGACCAGACACCGCACCCCCCACACACACCCCCCCCCCCCACACACACACGAUGGCUUGCAAAUGUACACAAAAGGCGAUGGAGAUGACCAAGGCUAAGGAGAGCUCGUGCUGUUCCUCGAAGACGCAGCAGACCGCUGCCGUGUCAAAGAGCUCCAAGAGCUCCUGCUGCAGCGGCAAGGCAGCCGGCGACAACAAGCCUUCCAGAUGCUGUUGCGGGUCCGGAUGCGGAUGUCCGGGCUGCAACACCACCAAGCUCUAGACACACCAGCGCAGCACACGACAGGCGGCGACCCAGUCCCUGUGGCGU